GUGGCGCUCAACGGUGAUCAACAUCAUUUUGAUUUUACAUGUCAACUAGUUGAGACUUUUACUUGUUAGUGUGUGCGGUGGAGUUGAACCCGAGAGGAUGAUUGAUCUGAUGAAAGAGUGGAGCAUCUCCUUUGCAGGAUGUGGUUUUAUGGGGAUUUAUUAUGUUGGAGCCAGCAGCUGCAUCCUUGAACGUUUCCCUCGCUUCAUACAAGAUGCGUCUAAAAUCUAUGGAGCGUCUGCAGGUGCUUUGAUGGCUGCUGUUCUCACUCUGGGAAUCCCCUUAGAGAAAUGCUGUGCUGACUUGAUGUUCAUGGCAAAAGAGGGCAGGAAGCACAAACUGGGGCCCCUGCACCCGGCCUACAAUCUGCUGCAGAUAGUACAGGACUCUCUGCAGAGGAGCCUCCCAGAAGACGCCCACGUUCGAGCGUCGGGGAAGCUCUGUGUGUCCCUGACCAGAGUGUCUGAUGGGAAGAACGUACUGGUGUCAGAGUUUGACAGCAGAGAGGAGCUCAUUGAGGCCCUCAUAUGCAGCUGCUUUGUGCCUUUCUACUGUGGUGUUAUUCCACCAACUUACCGCGGAGUGCAUUACGUGGACGGUGCUGUCAGUGACAACCUGCCCCAGUGUCACCUGACAAACACGAUCACGUUCUCCGCUUACGCCGGUGAGAGCGAUCUGUGCCCUCGAGGGGCCGUGCUCAACUUCCACGAGGUGCGCUUCAACAACGUCAGCAUCCAGGUCAACUCGGAGAACAUGUACAGAGUGAAGAGCACCUUCUUCCCCCCGCAGCCUAAGGCAAUGGCUGAAAUCUGCCACAAUGGCUACACAGACGCACUCCGCUUCCUACAAGAAAACAAUCUGAUUAGCACCGAGUGUCCCCUAAGGAGUUUGGAGAUGGACGCACCCAAACUUGCUUGUUGUGAGCUGAAGGUGAAGGAGUCAACUGAAGCUGAGAAGUCCAGUGAGAACACACAACACGAUGGAGUGAAACCACAUCAAGAAGAGCACGGGUGGCUGGAUCCACAGCUCAUAGAAAACCUCCCAGUUAACAUCAAAAAGGCUUUGUGUGAAGCCUGUAAAGAGACGCAUGCAGCUGGUGGACUGUUGUCCCAAGUGACCGAGUACCUGCCAAAGAAAGUGACUUCCUACUUGCAGCUCCCCCGCACUCUGCCCGUGACGUCAGCCUACUCUCUGGCCAAGAGAUUUGUGAACUGGAUCCCAGAUGUACCAAAGGACAUGAGCUGGCUCUACGACAUGGCUGGAGACAUUUACCAACAAGCUUGGAAGGACAAGGAGAAGGACUAUGACCGCGAGUCGUCACUGCGCAGAUCUACCAGUCUGCCAUCAGACCUGAACCUGUUGGAUCUGAGAGAAGAGGACGUGAACGCUCUCCCAGUGACCCCGGGAGCUGCUCCCACCUCCAGUCUUACCCUCAACGGGAACACACUCUGGGACCACAUGCCUCUGACUCCACCCCUCACACCCACUGUCAGCCCCACCUCUGGGUUUGGUGAAGCCACCACAAAGUCACCUAAAGGAGCAGGCGGAGUCGGAGGCUGGGGUUUGGGCAGAGCUGUGGGGUGGAUCCGAAAUAUUGCAUCCGAGCAAACUCCAGACCUCAAGAAAACGGACGAUUAAUACUCCUGCAUUCAAGUACAUUUAUUUAAUGUUGCACCAAAAGAGAAGGAAACAAAAAUGUUAA